AUGCUGGACCCGGUUGGGGAGUGUGGUAGCGAUUUCGGUAGCUCCGGCGGCCAGAAGGGCGCGAGAGGCUUCCGGCGUCGCGAAAGGGUCGAGCGGAUAGUCGAUCACCGGCUCGCCCGUCCCGUCCCGGCCGGGCCUCCAAAGACACCCGCCCCGCACCUCGGGCUCGCAAUGUUUAAGCUCUCCGCAUACACCUACCGGCUCAUCCCUGGCCUUCAAGCCCGUCCAGCUUGCCAUGAGCGUGAUGCGAUGGUCGUCUGCAAACAUCUUGUUGGCUCGCCUGGUUACCUCUCCUAUCUGAAGCUUUCUGAGGAGCUCGGUAACGCGGUUGUUGACGAAAUGGUCGCCCGGAACUUCCUCCAUCACAGGCCACUCUCUUCAUUCUCCAGGGACCUCGUACCGACCCCGUCUGAAGCUGUUCUCACUCCUCAAAGCGCUCCAGCACGAAUCGCCAUGAAAACCUUAUUCAGUCGGUAUGUCAGCUACCAAGCCAUUGCCAUGAAGGAAGCUGAGUAGAAGCUUGAGCGCAAUCAAUUCGCUAGAAGCCAUCCGCGCUAUCGACGUCAGGCGGCUUAUAUCUGUUCAAAUGGAUAACUGAUGGGUUGGUCUCACGUGACACACUACCUUGUCGCUGCCCUUUAUUGCCUUCCUUCCAGCUCGGCUUCCUAGCUUUCAAAUCACCCUCUCUGCUUUUUUAUAUAAAAACUUCCAGAAAAUAAUAAUAAUAAAAACACUGUACUGGAC